AUGAGGCAGGAAUGGGAAGUGGUUGCAGAAAUCUCAGAAGCCGGAGGCAGAAUUUUGAUGGUGUCUUUUGGAGAGCGUCAUGGAGCUCUGAAAUGGCUGGAAGAAACGCAGUGUCCGUAUGACAUGGUUUUGGAUGGCAAGAGGACGGUGUGGAGCAUUGCAUGCAUGGUCUACUACGCUGAACAACUUGUGGCUGGUCGGGAACUGCCCAAACCCUUUGAAAAUGUUCAUGAUGAUCCCCAGCAGAUGGGUGGAGACUUUGUCCUAGACCGCCAGGGUGUGAUCAAACUGUCAUACCCGAGCAAAACCUCGUCUGAUCGCCCAUCGGUGGAUCAACUACUGGCGGCCAUGACAGUCAAUGACCCAGAUUCUCUUCCUUCCACAAGCAAAGUUCAAACACAAGACAAGUAG